AUGGAUGCAAUGCCUGGCCUUGGAUUUGAUAACCUUCGUAAUAUUGAACUGGGUCAGGUAUACAGUAGGAAUUACUCCAGUUGUCAAAUCUCUAAUGAUGGCCGUUACCUCCUGCCUGAUAAUAUCAAUUUGAUUCCUGUUCUUAAGAGUGAAAUCGAUACAUCUGCCAAGGUUUUUCGACAUUAUAAUGAAUACACAUCUUCAUCAAGCUACUCCAUUAAUGUUGAAGCUAGUGCAAGUUAUGGCUGUGCACAUGCUAGUGGCAAAUUCUCAAUGGAGCACCAGGAUACAAAAAAGAAAAUGGCCAGCUCAAAAUCAAGUUCAGUUAGAAUUGGACUCAGGCACCAUCUUUAUUCAGUUCACGUUAAUCCUGAUAGCCAGUUGCAUCCUUCCUUUAAGUCCAGAUUGAUGGAUCUUGCUGCUCACAUUCAAAACAAUGACACUCAAAUGGCUCAUUAUCUCUCUGAUCUGAUAGUAAGGGAUUACGGGACUCAUGUUGUGACGAGUGUUGAAACAGGUGGUGCUCUCUAUCAGACUAGCUUUGUUUCACAAGACUCUACUCAAGAAGGUGACACUUCAGGACAUUCUGUUGAUAUUAGUGCUUCAGUUGGAGCAACAUUCAUAGCCACUUUCUCCAUAAGCACUAAUAUUGGUUGGUCUAAAUCCGAUUCUAAUGAGCAAAGCAAUAGUAAAACUAAACAUCAUGUUCGUACAUCAACUCAUGGUGGUCCUCCUUUUAAAAUGGAAAAUUUCAGCUAUACUGACUGGCAAAAUGGACUAAUGAAUAAUCUUGUGAACUAUCGAUCGUCGUGGUCAGCCCCUCUCAUUUGCUAUGACUACUGCAAAUUUACCUGA